AUGGAGAAAUCGCAAAAUCCAGAAAUCACAAAAAAUCAUUUCUAUUAUCAAUAUUCCAACUUCUCAAGAGUCAAGUGCACAGCACAGGUUAUAAAGAAUGACGGUAAUGGACUGCAACGAAAAGAGCAAUAUACAGAAGAAAAUUGGACCUUUGCAAACUGGAAAGAGAUUAAUGAAUCAUCAAUCCAAAAUUACAAAUCAUUCGAACCCGAGUCUAAUAAUUUGAUCCAAGAAGUCGCGAAAAUCUUCAAAGAAGAUGAUGAAAUGCAGUCCGACAUAGAGGGAAAAAAACGAGCAGAAAUAUUCAAAAAUUUAGAUUCGUGUCGACAUGAUCAAAAAUCAGACUAUGAUAGAAUUAGCUCACAAUUUUCGUUAUUUGAUGAAGAACUUCGCGACAUUCAACGCGAAAUUGAAGAAUUGGAAACUAAUUACUUGUACUUUUAA